AUGUCGAUAAAGGAAGCAUCUGGCAAGUAUAUUGCAGGCUCGUACACCUGGGGCCCAUCGUCUCCCACAGCACCAAUCACCCUAAACGGCUCCACGUUUGAGAUUCGAGAGAAUUUACACGAUUUCUUGAAAGUGUGUCGCCAUAAAGACGACGCAGUUCUCAUAUGGGUCGACGCCAUCUGCAUAGACCAGUCGAAUCUCCUGGAGCGCACGCACCAGGUCGGACUGAUGGUCGACAUCUACGGUCAAGCUGCGGCUGUAGCGAUCUGGCUAGGGCCCAGUUCGGAGACGCUGGACUACGCCGUGGACAUAAUCGAGAAGCUUGGAACCGACGCCAGCAUCCAUCUCGAUUCAAAACACCCCCAUUCAGUCUUCGCGCCGGGUGAGGAUGAGGCAGAGAAGACUGUUGAAGUAGCGGCGUUUUUCAACCUGCCAUGGUGGUUUCGGGUUUGGACCGUGCAGGAAUAUGCGUUGGCCAAAAAACGGGUG